UCGAUUACGUAUUUCCGCCGGAAGGUUGAGUAGUGCGCAUGCGCUUUGCUGAAAGUCUGCGAAAAUGGCGGCGCUGGUAGGAGGUCGCAGGAUUAUGUGCAAAAACAAAGGGCAAAUAAUUUAUAAAUUAAUUUCCGCGAGAGCAGCCUCUGGUCUCUCUCAGGAUGGGCUUCCUGGACCGUAUCCUCGCACUGCUGAAGAGCGAGCUGCUGCCGCAAAGAAGUACAACUUAAGACUGGAGGACUACCAGCCGUACCCUGAUAAUGGACAGGGCUAUGGCGAUUAUCCAGCUCUGCCGGACCGCUCCCAGCAUGAGCGAGACCCCUGGUACCAGUGGGACCAUCCAGACCUGCGGAGGAACUGGGGAGAGCCGAUUCACUUUGACUUUGACAUGUACAUCAGGAACAGAGUGGACACGUCUCCCAGCCCCGUCGACUGGUCCACUAUGUGCAAGCGGUUCUUAGGGUUCUUCACCUUCAUGAUGGUCAUGUUUGGCCUGGGGGAGGUGUUCCCUGCUUACCAACCUGUAGCCCCAAAGCAGUAUCCCUACAACAACCUUUAUCUGGAACAUGGUGGAGAUCCAGAGAAGCAGACAGAACCUGUUAAACAUUAUGAGAUCUAAACUGGUAUCUUGUGCAUUUUAUUCUUGUGUAUGUGCAUAAUAAAGUUAAUGCUGAAACUA